CGCUGAAGAGGACGGUAGUAACGGACUCAUCCAUCUCUGGGCUCUUCGGGGGGAGGAUGUGAGAAGCCGCGUUGCGAAGGACAGGAAGUAACCCAGCCAGGAGAAACGAGAUCACAGUAAAACUCGAGUCUGGGCCGGGGCGUCCUCGCAGUAAGGAUGAGGCCAGUCCACAGCGGCCGCGCGGGCACAAGCUUCGCCCUGGGCCCCUAGGUCCUCCCCGCGGGUUUCGUGGGAUGGCGCCGGCCGAGGGGGCGAGGCGGACGCGCGGCUUGCAGCCUUCGCCUCGGCCGCCUGCGCCGCGGCCGGAAACAAUAGUUGAGCGGCGGGAGCUUCGCGUGGAGACUGUGGUGGCGCCGGCGCUGGUGGCGGCCCGCGGAGCCGGACAGUAGAAACGCCCAGCCCUGUCCCACCCCGCCUGCGCUGUCGUCCCGCCUCUCAGAGCCUAGAGCCCCGCCGCUAGUAGCAACUGCGCGCGGGCGCCCCGACGGACGGACAGAGGGACAGCGGCAGGCAGAUCCGUGGCGGUCGCAGCGGAGUCAGGCGGAGACCGACUCCCUGAGGCACCGCCGAGCGUGUGCGCACCGGCCGCUGCGCAGAGGGGAGUCUGGGGCGAGGGAACCCCCUGCAACCCGCGUCGCCAUCAUCUGGAGCGCGGCGUCUGGGCUUCCGCGUGCCUUUGCGGUCUCGCGUUCUCUCCCCGGCCUCAGACCUGCGCUGGAAAGCGCACGCCGCAAAGGGAGUGAGGCGCUUCUGAGGUUCCCUCACGGAAUUUAGCGAGGCGGCGUCGAACAGGGGCACUAUGAACGAAGAGGAGCAUUUUGUCAAUAUCGAUUUGAAUGACGACAACAUUUGCAGUGUCUGUAAACUGGGAACAGACAAAGAAACACUCUCCUUCUGUCACAUUUGUUUUGAGCUAAAUAUUGAGGGAGUACCAAAAUCUAGUCUUCUACAUACCAAAUCAUUAAGGGGCCAUAAAGACUGUUUUGAAAAAUACCAUUUAAUUGCAAAUCAAGAUUGUCCUCGAUCCAAGCUUUCCAAAAGUACUUAUGAAGGAGUUAAAACCAUUUUGAGUAAGAAGAUAAACUGGAUUGUACAGUAUGCACAAAAUAAAGAUCUGGACUCAGAUUCUGAAUGUCCUAAAACCUCCAAGAAUCACCUAUUUAAUUUCAGGCAUAAGCCAGAUAAGAAAUUACUCCCACAAUUUGACUCUCAAGUACCAAAAUAUUCUGCAAGAUGGAUAGAUGGAAGUACUAGUGGCAUCUCAAACUGUACACAAGAAAUUUUGGAGCAGAGAAAAAAUACAGACUUUGGGCUUGCUGUGUUACAAGGUCCAGGUGCCGCUUUAUGCCAUGACAAUGUUUUAUGGCCUCAUGCUCAGGGCCAGGCACAAAAAAAAGAAGAGGCCACUUUUUGUCCAGAGGCAAAUGUCCCAACUCAGACUCUGCGUUACAGCAGAGAGGAAUUGAAUUCAAUGACGCUUGAUGAGGUAAAACAACUGAAUACAAAGCUUCGACAACAGAUCCAGGGUAAUGAAUCAGUCACGUUUUUGAAGAGUUAACACAUCAAGUGCAAGAAAAAGAUUCUUUAAUAUCAGAACGCCAUGGCCGUCAUGUUGCCAUUGAACAGCUUCACAAGAACUGUUCCAAGUUACCAUGCCUGCAAGUAGGACGAACGGGAACAAACAACUGAACUAAAUUUACAUAGACUUCAUAUAUUCUGUACUUUAACUGGUCUGCUAAGCAUGUAUACUUCGAAGAGUGAAGCAAGAUACAGUCCAUUAUUUUAUGAUCAUUAAGCUUGUAAAGCUGUAAGGCAGUAUUUAUCUUUGUCGAAUAAAGACCAUUGUAUUCUAAUCUUCGAUAGGGUAAAUCCUUUGACUUCAUUUUGGGAAUCUUUUUCCCAUAAUUACUACAUGUCCCUCCCUUUUACCACAAAUGACUACUUACACUGUUACAGUGUGAUUUUAUGAAACAUUUUUAUAUAAUUUACCUGUCAAAAACAAUAGUUUAACAAACUCAUUAGUCUGAACUACUAAAGACAGUUUUUAAGAGGGAAAUGGAAUUCAUAGUAUCACCUCUUAUUUAUUAUGAGCAAUAUUUUAAUAUAGAAUUUUAUAUGUAAAAAUGCUAUUUUAGGUACCUUUUCAUAAAUGUGUUUAAAUGGCUGAGUAUUUACACUUUCAUGUGUAAAUAUGCCCACCCAUAUUUCAGAUCACUGCAUUUUAUUCUCAUAAUAGAAUGUUUUUACAACCUUUAUCUUGCUUUCCAAAGAUAAGUGUAUUUUGGAGUAGAAAUCUAUCAAGUUGAGUUAUUUAACUUCUAAAACUUUAUGAAAGAGAAAUUAAUAACUUUUAAAGCAAGUAUUCAAGAAAUAGAAUACAUUAUUGUCUAACAAAAGCAUUUCUGAGUUAAAGAAGAGAGUACUACUUUGUCAGUUUAUCCUCAUAAAAAAAAUAAAACUCUUUACUUUCAUUUAUUAUUAUUUUCAUGUGUUAGAAUUUGGACAGAGUCAGUCAAGCCUCAUUUUUAAGUCAAAUAUAUCUGACCUUCCAAUUGAAAAUGUUGCCCCUCCACUCUCCAAAAAAGAAAAUGUUCUGUUUUUGAAAAAAUUAAAAUUAUUCUUUGUGCCACUUUGGGAUAAAGUUUCAGAAAUCCUUAAACUGCCCAAAUUGUUUGCAGUAUCAUUGAAAUUCUUAAAGCAUUAUUUUUCUAAACUUUACAGGGAAAGAGAAAAUUGCUUGACACAAGAAAAACAAAACUAAUUCAAUAAAAUAAGGAUAAGUGUUACGUUUCUAAACAUUUAUUAGUCUUAAGCAGGUAGAUAUUUUUAGUAAUGUAUUAUAUUAAAAGAUAUAAUCAGUGCAACAUUAAAAUGAGUUCUAAAUUGUUUUCAACUGGUGCUUAAAAUGUACUUAUGAAGUAUAUCUUUUCCUCAAAGAAUCUACAGAAAAGCUCAUAAAUUUGGCAGCUUUACCAUAAAGUGAUAAAUGACUUCUGCCUUAAAUUGGUAUCCUAUCCUGACUUGGGUCAGAGUUUUAGUUUCAAACAUACACAGUUUUUCUGUAGGCAAAGAAAUGUCCAGUUGAAAGCAACUUUUUAUAAUGUUAAGGUUACUAAGUUAGCCUGGGGGUGUUAAUUGAUAUCCCAUUGACUUUGUUUUGUUUUUCUUUGAAAUGUGAUGUAACUGUCAAGCGUUUUAGAGGAAGCUUUUGGAAAAUGCUUUUAAUCUGUCUCAGUUCUUUGACUCAUCCAGAAUGAAUUUAAAAUUCUGAGAGCAGGAUGGAUGCAUUUGCCUUAGUCUUGAUUAGCUUUAUAAAUUGUGUGCAAUGUGAAAAUAUCCAAAUGUACAAGUUGGAUAAAGACAUGUCCUGAUUAUGUAGUUAAGUAUUUUAGUUUUUAGUUGUUAUAGUUACAUUUUCAAAUUGACUUUACUCUUUUUUGGCAUCAUGUGUUAAGAAUUACUAGCCAGGGUUGUUGCACACAUUUGGGCUUGUUUAGGUAACUUAGGAACAAUCAUAAAAGUUUGGGAUGCAUUGCAUUUGUUAUCAGUGGUAGCAUAUUUCCAAAAUAUGAGUGAUAGGCUUCAGUCCUAAAUACAAUAGUGUUAUCCAAAGAAAGUAUCUGCUUAUCUCUUGGAAGUUUUUUUCUGGCAAACAGGUAGCUUUACAAAUGAGUUUGGAAUAAUUGACUAGAAUUGUGCAUGUACUCAGAUCUUAAUUGGGGUUUGUGGUUUAAUCAAGUUAGAUACUUUUAGUUAGCUUGUUUUCAAAGGAAAAGUCCUCCUAAAAUCUAUCCUGUGGUGCUGGUACUCACAUCAGUAUUUACUCAGAUGAAUUUCUAAAAGAAAAAAGUUUUUAUUGAAGUAUUUUGCACAACAGUUUAUUCAAGUAUUUGGUAAACUUAGAUAUUUCUAUGCUUUCUUGAUUGAAUAUGCAAUUACUAUAUAUGCAAAAAUAAGAAUCAGGGACAAAUUUAUUUGUGGCAGAAAUGGUGAAAGACAGAUUGCUACUUGGGCAUUAUUAACAUUUUCAAAGUUUAUAGGAUAAUAGGAAGUGAAAUAAGACUGAAUUUUUUUUACAUCAGAUUUCAUAAUUUAGAAAGUUAAAUUUUAAAAUUCAGAAUGAAGAGUGAGUUUUAAUCAUGUAAUAUCUUUAAAGAUGAAAAAAAACUUUUUAUGCACCUACGAUAUGCAAGGCCUGGGUUUUAUACCCAGCACCACAUAAACUAAAUGGACAGUGUUUGUAAUUUGUCCAACUUUAUGUUUAUUUUAAGAUCAUCAUCUUACCCUUUGAUUCUAGUAUUAAUACCUAAAUUUGUCUUUUGAAAAAAGUAUGCACUUGAGACACCAAUAAAGAUGAUUCAGGCAAUGGAAUGUUUUCAUUCCAUUAUGUAGUAUCUUUUCCAGAAUGUUUAAAAAAAAAAAAAAAAACUCCUUACUUUUCCAAAGUACAAAUAUGUUCAAUUCACCAAAAAGUGCCCCUUUUUAUAUACAUUUAAGGUUUAUAUUUAAAAUAACAAGUUCAUGUUUGCAAGUGGUUUCAGAAAUGAAGUAUAUUCUGGUUUUUUUGUUUGUCAUCUCAAUAGACAUUUUUAGCUUGCGUUUUUUUUGUUGUUGUUGUUGUUGUUGUUUUUAAUUUGCUUAUGGUACUGGGGAUUCAGUCCAGGACUUUCACACAGAGCUCUAUCUCCAGCCCUUUUGGGUUUUUUUUGUUUUGUUUUGUUUUUUUUAAUUUAUCUUUUUUAUUUUUGAGGGAGGAUAUCACUGAGUCCCUAAGUUGCACAGGGUUGGCUUGAAUCUGGAAACCGUCUUGCCUCAGCUUUCCAGAGUGCUGGGAUUACAACUGUAUACCACCCUGCCUGCCUCAGUUUUAUUUUUAUGUUUAAUCAUCUCCUUUGCCACUGAAAAUGGUUUCAAUUACUUUGUUGUUUUUUUGCCUUUAUGCAUAGUUUACCGUGGUGUCUACUUUGUUGAGGCUUACAAUUUUUGCUAGUUUUUUAAACUAACAUUUUUUAAAAUUGAUUUGUGUUUAUUGUUUACUACUUUUUAUUUUGUUUCAUUGUAGAGAAAAUCUUUCAUUAUUAACACUGUAAAAUGCCAUACAAAAUGCAUAUGCUCUAAAUUUAAAUAGGGAUUUUUAAAAAUUAAAUUAUUUGUGUAGCUUAUUAUUAGGUUCUAGUUAGUAACCAUAAAAGUAGGAUACAUGUCCAUAAAAAUUUUUAAAUGGUACAGUGUUAAAGUCUUCUGGUGUUAUUUUUUCUAACUUCUGCCAGUUCACUUACUGACAGGUAUUAUUGCUUAUAUUAAAGUAAAACAAUUGAGUCUUUUUAAAUACUAAGAGAAUUAAUACUCUAUAAAUUUUUUAAAAUGUCUUUUCAGAUGUGACUGUGAAGCAAAGAUAAUUGAUUUCUGUAUAUAAGUGCAUUUUUAACUUUAGCUUGGUGGAAUUGAUAAUAUAAGAAAAUUAGUUAGAGAUAAAACCCUCAACAAGUUACUUUUGCCAAGUUAAUGUUUGUAGUGAUGGAAUAAAGGAGUGUAUGUACCAGAAUAAGGUGAUAAGGCUAUGGCACAAAGGAGGAAGGCUCCAGUGACUGGGAUGUCGGAGCUCUGUUUUAUGGCUUAGCGUUUUCAUUUUAUUUCAUCCUUCCACAUUUGCCAUUGUAAUGGUGCAUUGUGGCCUUCAGGCUAUGUUAGCUUUUUGCAAAACAUUACAGUAGUCUCUAGCCCUAGAAAUUGGGAAGGAGUUGCUUGCCUACCAUCCAUGACGUUCUGGUUUAGAACAUAUAAUUUCACUAUUACAUUUGGUUUAAAAGAGCCCAUAUUAGUAAUUAAUUUUAGUGAUUGUAAAUUAUCCCAUAACUUUAAACUUACUAAGAUGUAACCAAAAAAAAAUCAUGGAAAUGAGUUUUACCUGCCCCUAAAACAAUGAGUGUGUGUGUGUGCGUGUGUGCGUGUGUGCGUGUGUGCGUGUGUGUGUGUGUGAUUUCUUUUCAGUGUAAGUAGCAUGUGCUUUGGUCGUUGAACUUAAUCCUUUUUAGUGUUAGAAAUUUAUGUUACAAAAUUGUGCUGAGACAUCUGGUAAAAAAAAUGAAACUGCUGUGAUAAAAACUAAGUUUGUUUCAAAAAAGUUUAUUUAGACAUUCACUUAUAUUUUCUUUGGAAACUGCAAUAAUUUAUAUAUUUGUAUUCUGCUUUAGAACUGUAACAAUAUAUGCUUGUCUACUAUUUUUAAUUUUACAACAAUAAAAUAAAUAUUUUUGUUAA